AUGAUCUCCCUCUCCUCCACUGCUUCCACCAUGGUCGUCCAGUCAGUUGUACACUUUGCAUCUUCCUUCCCUUCUCUCGGUCUGACCCUUCCAUACAAAAGGCCGUUCUUGUUCACCUCAUGUUGCUCCUCUUUGUCCAAUAAGGCUCGGACUGGUGCUACUGAUUUCAAACCCAUGUUACCCAUCGUGGAAAGGUGGCCGGAGUAUAUACCGAACAAGCUCCCCGACAAGAACUAUGUGCGUGUAUUCGACACGACGCUCCGUGACGGGGAACAAUCCCCCGGUGCAGCACUGACGCCACCGCAGAAGCUAGAGAUUGCCCGGCAACUUUCAAAACUCCGAGUAGACAUCAUGGAAGUUGGUUUCCCUGCGUCAUCAGAGGAAGAGUUCGAAACCGUCAAGACCAUAGCCAAGACCGUAGGGAAUGAAGUGGAUGAAGAAACAGGUUACGUUCCAGUUAUAUGCGCCCUCGCACGAUGCAACCAUAGAGACAUCGAGGCGGUUUGGGAAGCAGUGAAGUACGCCAAGAGGCCGACAAUACUCAUAUUCAUAUCUACUAGUGACAUUCACAUGAAAUUUAAGUUGAAAAGGACUAAAGAAGAAGUCAUCCAGAUGGCAGUGAGUAGUGUUAGGUAUGCUAAGAGCUUAGGCUUCAACGACAUCCAACUUGGUUGCGAAGAUGCCGGCAG